ACCGUCUCCCCUUUGCUCCUUCUCGCUCUCCUCCUCUGGAGGAGGUCGGAAGGGCAGGGUCUGCUGUGGUGUUUGUGGGAAAAGCUUCUAUGACAAAGGAACACUAAAGAUUCACUACAACGCCGUCCACCUGAAGAUCAAACAUCGCUGCACGGUGACGGGCUGCACCAUGGUCUUCAGCUCACUGCGCAGCCGAAACCGACACAGCGCCAACCCAAACCCACGACUUCACAUGGGGUCCAGCAGAGACGCACACCCCCACAGAAACACACACUACGUGGACACUGAACCACACAUUCCUGAUGUUAAACAGACCCAUGAGGACAUACAUGACACACGUAUGCGCAGAGAAAGAGAGACCAGCAACUCUCUCUGGCAUCAGGUUGAUGAUGCACAUGCCACAAGGAAAAAUAGUCAUACAAACCAUCAUGGCUACCGGCAUAACACAACCCUUCAAGUCGACCCUUCUCCUUCUCCUCAGGCUCUAAGUCAAGACACCAACCAGAUAAUCUCCCUGAAAACUCACCCGGCUCCACCUCCACCACGUCAUCAAUCGAGUUCCUCAUCUCCCUCCUGCUCCCCUGUAGUUAUUCCAGAACAGGACCCCCUCACUAACAACGCCUCUUCUACUUCCCUCUUGUUCAACCCUGCCCCUUUCACCAUGGUGAGUUACAAGAAUCAGUCUGUUACACGUCACUUUGAUGUUGCAGAAGGAAGCGUUUGCACAAGCCUGCUUACCAGUCAGUGGUGGCCAUGGCAGUCAGCUGACCCGGUGCCAAAGAAGAAGCCCAGGAAGUCGAGAAUGCCGGUGAAGAUAGAGCGACAGAGGUUGGACAGCAGGGGACACAAUGAGGAGGAGAGCUGA